AUGGCGGAAAUGAGAUACAUCAGCCCUGAUGGUGGCCCGCCUCUUGGAGGAAUAUCUCCCCAGGAUUUGGCCUUCCUCCAACCCUUCCAUAUACCUCCCUUCGUGGGAUACCCUUUCACCGCACAGAACCCUCCCCCAGGUCCGCCACCAGCCCCAGCCUCAGUCCCUACACCACCGGAGCUAAGAGGACAGGUUUUCCUGCACCAAACCUUUACGACCAACGUUCCACCGCCAGCAGCUGCCCCCAUGGCGCCAGCUCCAGCUCCAGCCCAGGCUCCCAACACAAGUCCGCCCGCUGCUCAGACCCCAUCUCCGGCAAGACCACCUGCUGCAAUUCCAGGCCUAGCCCGUCGCCUACCUAGUGGUGCAUAUCCUCCUGAUAGCGAACGGGCUAUGGUCCUUCCAACUGGCCAGGGGUAUAUUUUCCCAAAGAAACAUACGACACUGCAUAUUAUUGAGACAUCCACUGCACCUUGGGAUAAUCCUGGCGGCAUUUUUCAGUGGCGCUCAUAUCGCGUACCUUCUUCGAUGGCCGUCUCAGAACUCGUAGAUCAACUUUGCCCGACAAAGACUCCAGACGGCCGCGAUGUCACAAGCCGCGGGAUUGUGGAGUGUCUUGAAAUCGGCGAUGGCACAUGGCUUAAAGGUUCUGAAUUCUGGGUCGGAGGUCGUCGUGGCGGCGAUGACAACAUGAAACGUCGUGUCACUCAGAGCCUUACGGCCGUCGGUUGGACCGAGUUACGAGGGACUGUCGCCCAGCCAGUCUGGAUAACCAUGAAUGUUGCUGUUUGA